UUCAGAAUUCUUCAAGAAAAGGCAAGAUUGCAGUAAGAGAAGAUGGCAAUGAAGGUGUUUGCUGUGGCUCUGCUCUCUGUUUUCAUGGGGUUUAUGGUGUCUGUUUCUGAUGGAUUAAAUCCGGUCGACUGUUCUGAACUUUAUAAAUCAGGAGAAACAGUGAGUGGGAUCUACUCCAUCUAUCCAGCAGGUGACGUUCCUGUCUGGGUUUACUGUGAGAUGAUCUCAGUUGGAAACAAUGAAGACAAAGGAGGAUGGACGGUGAUUCAGAGGAGAAUGGACGGCAGUGUGAAUUUCUAUCGGCCGUGGGAUCAGUACAAGAGAGGAUUUGGGAAUGUGGAGGGAGAAUACUGGCUGGGGCUGGAGAACAUGUACCAGCUGGCACGCAACAGGAAGUACAUGCUGAGAGUGGAUCUGGAGGACUUUGAUGGAAGCAAAAGUUAUGCUGUGUACUCGUCCUUUUCUGUGGGUCCUGAAGCUGAUGGGUAUAAACUACAAGUUUCAGGAUUCAAAGAUGGAGGAGCAGGGGACUCUUUGUUCUACCAUAAUGAACAGAAGUUUUCCACCUUUGACAAAGACCAAGACAAGGACAAUAAUAACAACUGUGCCAAAAAGUUUCUCGGGGCAUUUUGGUACAAUGAAUGUCACUAUACAAACCCCAACGGUGUGUAUUUGUGGGGUGAAGAUCCCACCCUUUUGGCCAUUGGAAAUGUUUGGUACACCUGGAAGAGCAAUUGGGCCCUCGGUAUGAAAUCCAUCACCAUGAAGAUCAAACCUGUGCCCUAAAAGAGCAACAUCUGAUGUUGUUUUAACUAUACUACAAAAUGCGGAGGUUUAAGGUUUUAUUUUCCUCAGUGUAAGCAAAUCAACAAUUAUUUGCUUUUGUCUUUUGAUUUACUUUUAUAUAAAUAAACUUCCAAUAGACUCCUGCA